UAACAAGCCCAGACUUCGGAGGUGAUAUGCGCCAUGGCUAUGCCUACUGUCAGAUUGCUUGCCGGUGAUUUAAGAAAGCCAGAUACCUGGAUUGGACUCUGGGGUGUGCUCCGAGGGAUACCUUCUUCACACAAACGCUGUAUUCCCUGGAACCGAUAUUUGUAUUUUUCUAGCACCAAGUUAAAUGCAUCACAUUAUAAAACACUCUUCCAUAAUGUUUUCUCACUGAGACUCCCGGGGCUUUUAAUAUCUCCAGAAUAUGUUUUUCCACUUUCCAUAAGACUCAAAAGUAAUAUAAGCUCUAAAAAGUCCACUAAAAAGCAUCUGCAAAAAGUAGAAGAUGAAGAGGACUCUGAUGAGGAGAGUGACCAUGAUGAGAUGGACGAGCAGGAAGAGGAGCUUGAGGAUGACCCCAAGGUGGUCAAAGACUACAAAGACCUGGAGAAAGCAGUGCAGUCCUUCCGGUAUGAUGUCAUCCUGAAGACGGGCCUCGACAUUGGAAGGAACAAAGUGGAAGAUGCAUUCUACAAAGGUGAACUCAGGCUGAAUGAGGAAAAAUUAUGGAAGAAAAGCAGAACGGUCAAAGUGGGAGAUACAUUGGACCUUCUCAUUGGAGAGGAUAAAGCAGCAGGAACAGAGACAGUGAUGCGGAUUCUCCUGAAAAAAGUGUUUGAGGAGAAGACGGAGAACGACAGACACAGAGUGGUGCUGCGGCGGUGGAAGAGCCUGAAGCUGCCCAAGAAGAAUGUGUCCAAGUAGGGACUGCGUGUCAGCCUAAGGCUGUGCCUAGUGCUGGGGGCGGGCCAGCCUCCAAGAGGACGUUUUCAUUCAAAUAAAGUACUCUCACCACGUGUGGAAUCUGCUGAGCCAUUUGUGGCCACGGGGGCCCCCUGCGUGGAGAUGCUGUCCACCCCAACGCCCGCCUGGCCGAGUGCUCCUUCCACCCUCAGUGCUGGCAGCUCUCUGCCAGCAUGACACAUGCAGCACGCUGAGCCCCAGAGGGCUUAAAGAUGUGCCUGUGGCUUCCCAUGUGAACUACCUCCAGAGUCACUGUAAAAUAAACUGGCCUUCUUGUUU